AUGUAUAUUUUGCGAGUCAUAUCUUUUAUGACUUUGUGUUUCGUGUUCCCGUCGAUAAUAGCCGAAGACGUUAAUUAUCAAGCAUGCGUGGAUAAAUAUUCUAGGAAAGGUUACCAACCUUGGCAGGAGUGGUCGGACCACUACACCUGCCACCGCUACCGUUGUGAGAUAAGAGAUGGAAAAUAUUUCAUAGCUGCCGUCGGCUGUCGUAAACCGAAGAUACCCGAGAAUGCUCUGGAGUGCCACGAAUACAUCGAAGAUGAGAACGUUGAGUUCCCGACCUGCUGUGCUCGAUUGAGAUGCGUCGUGGAAGUGAACGGCGAGAGGAUUGUUCAAACGAGAGGUCAGCCUGGAGAACUCUUCCCUGACAAGCCGUGGAAGGGCCAGCAGAACGAACCCAACCCUGUAGUCGGCAUGGGCGUCCAGAACACUGGCGAGCCUCAGACACAGCCGCCCGGCAUCUUCAACAGAGGCGCAGGCAAGCCAACGGAUGGCAGCGACAUUAGCGGUCGGAGAUACGUCGAUCCCUAUCCCAGCCAGCAGCUUCAAGACUCCCCAAGAAAAAAACGCUCUACUAUCUAUCCCUUAUUCGAAAGGGGAUCGCCGCGAGACGCACGUCAUCAACCCCACCAAGUCAAAAUCCAUGGUUAUUCACCGGAAAGAUAUACCUCUUAUUUCCCUAACACUGUAAAAGGAUUGUCCAGCCCCAAAUUGCACAUCAACAUGUCUUAA